UAAAUAAAAUAAUAUGUUUUCGAUAUUUCUUCCGUGGCUAGCAUUCACUAUCUUCCAUGUCCAUGGCCACUUCCAAUCUCUUCCACCAAAUUUCCCGACCAUUUCAUUUUCCUACACCUUGCACAACUUUCAGGCCACCAUGCACUGCCGUCAACAUUCACCUGAAACACCGCAAACUAUCCCUUAAACCCAAAACCAAAAAUCACUUAAAGUGGGCCAUUAAACUGAGCUUAGUGGAACAGAGUCCACCAAAAUCAAAUUUUGAUUUGGAGCAACUAGUGGGGUUUCUCUAUGAAGAUCUUCCUCAUCUCUUUGAUGAUAAGGGUAUUGAUAAAAGUGCUUAUGAUGAACGUGUUUUCUUCAGAGACCCGAUUACUAAGCAUGAUGAUUUGAGUGGUUAUCUUUUCAACAUUGCUCUUCUUAAGACACUUUUUACUCCGAGGUUUCAGUUACAUUGGGUUAAACCGACAGGACCUUAUGAGAUUACUACAAGAUGGACUAUGGUUAUGAAAUUCAUGCUACUUCCAUGGAAACCAGAAUUGGUGUUCACCGGAACAUCUGUUAUGGGGGUUAACCCAGAAAAUGGAAAGUUCUGUAGCCAUGUGGACUUUUGGGAUUCACUAGAGAAAAAUGACUAUUUUUCAUUCGAAGGUUUGACGGAAGUAUUCAAACAGUUGAGGAUUUACAAGACACCGGAAUUGGAAUCACCCAAAUAUCAAAUAUUGAAAAAGACGGCAAAUUAUGAGGUUAGACAGUAUGAUCCAUUCGUAGUAGUAGAAACUAAUGCAGACAAGCUAUCUGGGAAUACCGGCUUCAAUGAUGUUGCUGGAUAUAUAUUCGGAAAGAAUUCAACAACAGAAAAGAUACCAAUGACUACACCUGUGUUCACUCAAGCCAUGGAUGCUGACUUGUCCAAAGUGUCGAUCCAAAUAGUUCUUCCAUCAGACAAAGAAACAAAGAGUUUACCAAAUCCUAAUCAAGAAACAGUUAGCUUGAGAAAAGUCGAAGGAGGCAUUGCUGCUGUAAUAAAGUUUAGUGGAAAACCGACAGAGGAUAGUGUUCGCGAAAAGGAGAAAAUCUUGCGGUCUAAUAUCAUUAAAGAUGGUUUAAAACCUCAGCCUGGUUGUUUGCUUGCUCGGUACAAUGAUCCAGGUCGAACUUGGAGCUUUAUAAUGAGGAAUGAAGUGCUCAUUUGGCUAGACGAUUUCUCGUUGGAUUAGCGUUAAUGCAGUACGCAUGGCUGUUACGGCUACACACAGUAAAUUUUGUUCAUCUUAAUUUACAUUACUCACACACCAUGUUUUACCAUCUCGAUGUCAUUUUCUGUUUUCUGGCUUAUUAUAUGAAAUGUAAUAUUUUAAAUUCUCUUCUGGUUCGAGUAAUUCUUCAAACCAGAAAUAGGAAUGUAAAAAAAUAGGAAGAAUAUCACUCAACAAAUUGUUAAAGAAUAAGAUUGUACAGUAAGUUUUAACUUAUUCUAUAGUGCUUAUUGUUUUAUUGACAACAAAAUUUUAAUUC